UGUAGCUGUAAUUUAUUAAGUUUCGUUGCUAUUCAGUAUUACACUGCAUAGAAUAUGCUACAAAUUCUCUUCUGUUGGUGGACUUUGGGGUUCUUUCCAGUUUGGUGCUUUUACGAGUAAUGUCAUGAACAUCCUUGUUCGUUUGUUCUUGUGCAUAUGUUUAUUCAGCGGAGUCCUAGAAUACUCAUACGUUCAUUAAACACACAAAACAGAAGUGGAGGCCACAAAGCCACUUGGUCACUCGGAGAAAUCAGUGUCAUUUCUAUUACACUGAUAUUUCCUGUUUUGUUUUGUUUUUCUCUUUGGCCCUUUUAGGGUUCUGAAUGAGUUUAUUAUGAAAAACCCUAGUUUGGAAAAUAAAAAAGACCAAAGAGAUCUUCAGGAUGUGACUCAUAAAAUAGUGGAUGCAAUUGGUGCCAUUGCUGGUUCUUCUUUGGAACAAACAACAUGGCUGCGACGAAAUCUUGAAGUUAAGCCUUCUCCCAAAAUAAUGGUGGAUGGAACCAAUUUGGAAUCUGAUGUUGAAGAUAUGUUAUCACCUGCAGUGGAAACCUCAAACAUAACUCCUUCCGUAUAUAGUGUCCAUGCAUUGACAUUACUUUCGGAGGUAAAUAUCAAGUUUUUUCACAUGAACUUCCAAGUAAACAGUGUCACAAUUCAGUAUUAGCAGGUAAUUCUUACAGAGGAGUUUUUAAUUUGAAAAACCAUUUUGUACUUCCAGAGAUCACUGUAUAGAAUAAAUGAGGUCUGGACUUUGUAUUCAGACUAGUUUGUUAAAUACUAUUG